GUUGUUUUGAUUGGGCCAUACGAACAUCAUGCUAACAUGCUCCUUUGGAAGGAAUUUGGAACAACAGUUGUAAGAAUACGUGACAAAGAUGACGGUCUGAUAGAUACCGAGCAUUUAGAGUCAGAACUUAAGUUUUGGAAGGAUAAAAGACGUCACAUGCUCGUUUGUGUGUCGGCUGCUAGCAAUGUUACAGGCAUUGUCACUGAUACAGACGAGAUUUCCUCUAUAGCCCACCAGUAUGGAGCUCUAGUGGCCUUUGAUUACGCCGGAGGAGGACCAUACCUCGAUAUCAACAUGAAUUCAUCAAAAAAGAGCUAUAAAGAUGCGGUGUUUAUAAGCCCUCACAAGUUUGUCGGUGGUCCAGGGUCGCCUGGUGUUGUUGUAGCCAAGAAAUGGAUGUUUAAGAACAACGUACCUGACCGUGUUGGCGGAGGGACAGUGGUUUAUGUCUCGCGAGAAAUUCACGCAUACACCAGCGACAUCGAAGCACGUGAAGAGGGCGGGACUCCCGCCAUUAUUGAGUCAAUCAGAACGGGGCUGGCAUUUCAGCUAAAAGCUGCAGUGACUGAGAAACUUAUUGCUACUAGAGAUGAAGAUUUGUGCUGUCGAGCAUUUGCGGUGUGGGAGAGAAAUCCAAAUCUUAUUGUUCUUGGAAGCCACAAUGCUGAAAGAAUUACAAUAUUCUCCUUUAUUGUACGACACGAAGAUACAGGGAAAUACGUGCACUAUAAUUUCAUUUCGACUUUACUCAAUGACCUCUUUGGUAUUCAGUCACGUGGUGGUUGCGCAUGCGCUGGACCGUACGGUCAUGACUUACUGGGAAUAUCCGAACCAAUGGCAAAAAGACUGAAAUGGUUCACCAAUGAGCACCCAGGAAUGGAAUCAAAUUGUCCUCAAAGUCCAAUGGGAAUUAUGAGACCUGGAUUCGUACGAGUGAAUCUUCCAUAUUUUUAUGACGACAAAACUAUCGACUACGUCAUCAAGGCUGUCGAUAUGGUGGCUACACAUGGUUGGAAACUUCUACCUUUGUACACUUUCGACCCUUUCAGUGGGGCUUUUAUCUACAAAGGUGAAAUAUCAGGGGAUAAUGAAGAAGAUCUGUUUAGUUUACAGGAUAUUGAUUAUUCCGGGAAAUUCCACGUGAACCGGAAACCACCUGACUUGGAAAGUUCAAUCACUCUGGAUGAAAUGUUGAGAGAUGCUGAAAAUGUCUUCCGGGAUGUGUCGGAGGUCAAAAAGGUUAGAGUUUCAACAGCAUCAAAGAAGCUCAGUGAACUUAUUCCAAAAGACAAACGAAAAUUACGGUGGUUUUUGUCGCCCCAGGAAGCAACUGAUUUGACUACAGGUACAAAGAAAGUGCGUCGGUACAAACAGAUCAUGACCCCUCGCCUUGACAGCAGGUUAACAGAGUCAGACUCUGCACCCGAAACCUUCAGAAGUUACGAAUCCGAGCCCAAUCGGCGCACAGAAGAAUCUCAAUAUGGAAGUACAGUCCUUGGAGGUAGAGAGCGUCCGUUCAAAAACAAAGACUAUAAACUUCAGAAACUGAAUCUUGAGGAUGUGUGCGAUUCUUGUGACACAGAUAAACCGGAUAUUUCUAGACCCAUAAUGCAAUAUUCCAAAUUACAAGAUACUGGUACAAAAAUGGCCGCCACAAGAACACCCAGAAGGUUUAGCGAACUGAAAGUCGUUAAAGAAACAGGCGACUUGACUUAUUUCACUCCAAGACACACGAAAGCUCGUGUUUCAUUGCCGAAGAUUUGACAAUGAGAUAUUUAUGACUGCGUAAUACUGAAUGGCUUUUUUUAGGACUUGUUUAUGUGAUAUUUGUUAAUGCAUAAUAUGCAGUACUUUUUCAAUAUACAACAUAAUGUAAUUUCAUGCUUUACGUGUUUACCAUAUUUAAAAAAAAAUGCAUAAUGUCAUAAUGUAUUAAAGGCCGUCCAUGCCUUCAAAUAAAUUUAAUAAUCUUUAAUCUUACCAAAAGAAAAAAAUCGACUGGUAAAUUGAAAAGAAGAUGUCUUAACUAAAUCAAUCACAAGAAUAUGAUUACAUCUAUAGAUACGUGUGAUACCAAACUUUUAGACAAAACCCUCAGAGUACUGCAAAUUUUCCGAUUAUUUUUUAAAGGCACAUAAUGCCUCAGAAUCAAAUAAAUAUUUUUCUUCUAUUAUGAAUUCGAUAAUGUUAGAAAUAAUGAUGAUUUUUAUAUAUCUAUAUAUUUUUAGUUCCAUACAUUUUUUUUUGUAUGAUUUUUUUUCUUUUCGGUGGGAUAAGCCUUUAAUUCUUUAAUGAUACUUGAUGUCACUGAUCAAUACCAAGAAAAUAUGUCAAUUUGAAAAUUACAUAUGAAAAUACAUUCAGAGUCGUGUGAAAAAAUUGUUCAAGGUCAUGACCUAUAACUUGUGUGUAAAUUUUCAGCUUAUUCUUUCUUCUCAUUUUUUUACCCAUAAUGAUCAUUUUUACUGUGCAAAAUGACCAACAAAAAAGUGCAAAAUGACCAACAAAAAAAAAAUGAAAAGCGUUGCCUCAAAUCUGGCGAAGAUCGGCACAAUUUUAUUUUUCAGUUCAAUUCUGGGGAGUUUAUUUUUUGUAAUCCUUUGCAGUGUUUUCAAGUGUAAAUGCUUAACUUUGAUAGUUUUGUGUUUUUAAGCUUCUGGACCUCGUUAUUUUUUUUGUUCUUGUUGUUUUUCACACGUAAUUGAGUACCGUAUUUUCAAUCAAUGAAAUGUUAAGGACAAGUUUGAAAAUUCAUGCAUACAAACGUUAUACAAACUGUCAUUGCAUAACAUGCUUAUUUCUAAUAUAAGAUAGAUAUAUUGUAGAUAAUCUG